AUGGGGCUUUUUACCGGAAUCCUGUUGGCGAUUGCAGUACUUGGAGGUAAGAAUUUUCAAUAGAAAAACUAAUCAAUUACAGUAUCUUCUUUAAAAAACUGCACCGUGGAUGAUUUAAAGAAUGCCCAGGCCGUGUUUGGAAAGAAAUUGGGACUGGAUUCUGGGAAGAAUUGGAAUCAUCCGUUGGCCCUUUUAGAGGCCAUCCAUGGAUUCUACGCUAAAGAUGGCGACAGAGGAAUUGUGGAUGUUUGCAAGUGAGUUUAAAACGUCAAUAAAGCACGUUUUCAGUGCCAUCAAUUCCGAAUUAGAUUUUCUGAACGCAAAACAAAUAGAUCUGCGGACUUGCUUCGACCCGAGAUUCCUUCUAGCGAACGACGACACCCCUGAACAUGCUCUUCAUUACAUUAGUGUCGUAUCUUAUCUCAGAUUCCAAUGUGGAGCUGGGUUUUACAGUAAGCUUAUUGCAAAAUCUCAUCUUUUUUGCCUAAUCAUUUCAGCAGCCGCUCAGAAUUGGCAAUGCAUUUCCGAAACCUUCAGGGCAUCCGCGUCCAACCUGAUUCACACAGUCAGAGACGUCGUCAACAAACUGGCCAACACUGAUCUCUUCCAAUUUGAGGUAAAAAUUUGCAAAGUUCAAACAACAAAUUUUGUAGAAAUGCGAAGUGAUCAAACAAGGAGAAAGACCAUACUUCAAGCCUUUCCAGGACCGAUGCCGAGUUGGGCCGGUUACCUAUUUCGCCUGCGAAUCUUACAACACCUUCUUCACCUCCGUCUUGCCCGAUUGCAGGAGUGAAUGCAAAAGUAAGUAGUAGUACAACAUGACAAUCUAUAUUCUACUUAUAGUCUCCACCUGA